UUGAGUGAUGCGGUCGCUAUGGCUAUAGGGGCGGGGUUAGCAGCUAGAGGCGAGUUCUCGGCGAGUUGCAGGACAGAGAUGGCGGCGCAGUGUGGGGAGGUGGUGACUCUGCAGCUCGGGCCCUUCUCUAACUGUGUCGGGGCCCAUUGGUGGAACUUGCAGGACUCCCUCAUGUCCCUCCAGUCACGUGACGGACGAGAGACCGCCCAGCUGUGCAGUGACGUCACGUACAGACACGGGGAGACCCUGAGUGGGCGGGACACUUACACCCCUCGUCUCAUCGCUGUGGACAGAAAAGGGGGUGUGGCCUCACUUCCAGUAUUGGGGUUCCUGUAUGAGGAGAGAGAGACCAAGUGUGCGACCCCCGCCUGGACAGGAAAUCUAUCAACUCACCAGGAGGAGCCCCCAGAAACCGGCCCCUUGCAGGCGGAGCUUAGUGUGGGAGAGGGAGAGAAGUUGAGAGGAGGAGAUGGAGUGGCGGCUGGUGGGGAAGGGCUGGUUGGGGCCCCCGGGGCCACUCGGAGGGAUUUGCAUCAUGAGAGGAGGGGGAACGUCUGGUCGGACUUCCUACAAACAAAUCUGCACCCCAAGUCUUUAUGUGUCGUGAGUCAGUACAGCCAUGGUGGCAGUGGAACGGAGGGGCCCGAGGCAUUCGGUCAGGGGGAGGCGCUGUUCAGGGAGGCGGCGUAUGGGGAGGAGCUUGAGGACCGACUGCAUUUCUUCACAGAGGAGUGUGAUUAUCUGCAGGGUUUCCACAUUGUCUGUGAUCUGCACAGCGGCUUCUCUGGAGGCGGAGCCAAAGUGGCGGAACUUCUGCAUGAUGAGUAUCCUGGGCGGGGCAUCCUCAGCUGGGGGACUUACCCUGUGCCCCCCGCAGACAGAGACCUACACAAGGACAUGUACCAACUGCUGAACUGCAUCAUGGGAAUUGUCCAUCUGUCCAAUCACAGCUCUCUGUUCUGUCCUCUGACGCUGAAUUCCAGCCUGGGCCGGAGACCUGGGCCCCCUGUGGCCCUUACGCACCUUCUCUAUGAUGCGGAGUCUCAGUAUCACAGCAGCGCCGUGCUGGCUCUUACCCUGGACACCCUGACUGCCCCCUACAGGACCGCCCCCUCCCGCCUCUCCAUGGUGCAACUGGCCGACGCCCUCAACUUCAGCGGCAGGAAGGUUAUGACGGCGGCUUCCUCUCUCCCGUUCCCACUGGAAAGCUCCUCCUCCCUCGCGGAUGCGUUCCAGUCGUAUGUGGGGACCCCGCCUUGGACUUGUCUCUCUGGUUGUGGGGGGCCGCAGGUAUCAGGGGGCAGCACUUGCUUCUCCCAGUCAGUGGUUCUGAGGGGGGUGCGCGAGGCCCAGCACAUCAGGCCCCUCCCCCGAGGGACAAGACCCCCAUCUGCGCUCCAUACGUGCGGCACUAGCGACGAGAUCCUCCAGCGUUACCUGCAGACCGUGUCCCCGGGGGCAGUCAGUUUGGCCAGUGUUCUGCAGCCCCCCUGUACCCUGGGACCAACCUUCCCACAAUUCUUUUCUCCUCAUGUGACCAGAGAAGGUUUUACAGCCGAGACGCCGCUCAGCCCGCCUACCGCUGUGGAUUCCAUUCCGGCUCUGGCUGCAUUACAGGCGUCGCGGGCCCUGGGGCCCAUGUUACUCGGCUUGUCCAAGGAAGUGCGUGAGAUUGAUGUGCGGCGUGGGCAGAGCUUCCUGAAUGCGGGGGUGGAGGAGGGGCAACUGCAAGAGGCGCUGGAGGAGCUGCGAGACCUGGCGCAAUGUUACUCGCCGGCACAGGACAGUGAGGGGGACAGUGACUGAACUUGCCCCACCCCCUGACACCAUUGUUGGACUUUUGCCCCAGGCGGGGUCGUACCUGUAUUAAAUGCCCCAGGCGGGGUCGUACCUGUAAUAAAUAAAUGCCCAGUGGAAA